AUGAGACCGCCCCCGUGUCACUACGUGGACGCUUGGAUGAACACAAACCUGUGUUGGCGCUACGUUAACCCUGGGAUCACAGUCCUCUGUACAAGCGGUAACCUGAUUCUUCUCUUCUAAUGUCCCCCACUGUGAACACUGUAAUGGACUUAUGAAUCAUUCUUGAAAGAAGAUCGCCUAGUACUUCGAGUCGCAUUUUAUUUUUAAAGUCUUCCGAAUGCUUAUACCUCAACCGGCAAUCUGCCCUCUGGUCGAUGUCAGUCAUCGGUAAACCCUUUGCUGUUAAAUCGACUCUGUACUUUAUCCUCAAUCUCCUAGCUGGGAAAGGACUGGCCAUUUAAAGCUGAUCAGGAUUUGAAAGAUUAGUAUCAAUGCCACUGAGACUUCAUCCUCCUUGCCUUCGUAAGGCAGACCGAUCGUUUUGACUCCUCUUGUUCACCUUCCCUGAACCAAAGUCACAUUCCGAAAUCCAGAAUAGUUAUGUGCUUGAUUGAUCCGACUGUUAGUUUGCCUUGAUCGAAUCAGACUAUAUAGAUAAAUACUUCUGGCAAGUUCUUUCAAACUGGCUGACAUGAAUUCUUGUGCGAACCAGAGCAAAGAAUCUGAAACAGCACCGUUAGUUAUUUUACCUUCGAUCUUUGUUGAUGCCUCAUCUUUAGAGAGGACAGACACAUCAGAGACCUUGGAGGCAUCAAUGUUGUUUGUAUUCAGAGGUACAAUCUUGUGCAAUUUUUAUACGCCCUUCCUAACCUACACUCGACGUUUAACAAGACAAUUGUUAAAAAACAUUAAUUCCUGACUUCUCAGGCCUAUUUCUCUUUUGUCCGUGAUUCUUCAAAAAAGUAGUCCCAAAACCUCACGCAUGUUUAUUUUUUCGAUACACUGGAUGUUGCCUAUGUUUAUGUCCUCUUAGGCACCCAAUUGCUGGCGUCAGCCUUAACUAAGAAGAUGGCGACUUCUGGGCAGCUUGGCGGAUCCGCUGAAGAAAGUCAGGUCACGGUGAAUUCCUCCGACCCGGAGAAGGUAAUGGUCGCGCCGUCAGAACCGUCGGCCGCAGUCAAAAUGGAUUUCGCCGGUCCCAGUGAGGUGACGGACAUCCUGAAAAAGUCGCCACAAGCAGUUAAGGUCAGGAAAAAGACGAAAAGUGCAUCUUCUUGUCUCCAGUUUCGACCCAACUAUUUUGUCUGCCAACGCAUCACGAACUCAGAGCUUCUCACUGGGCUCACUCGAAUUAUUGAGCAUGUCUGCUCAAAGCAGACGAUUUAUGCCCGUUUCGCCUAUUCGUCUGCCCGAUUGCACCUGACUUGGUGCACGUUUUAUGCUGCAGAUAAGCACGAGGCAGAGCGGGCCCUGGCCUGCCUUCAUACUGCAAGGACUGAUCUCUGGCAGCUCGCCCCAACAGAGUCCUUCAGAGUAAAAGGUGUAGGUCAGUUCAGUGGGCAUUUAUUGUACGCUUCUGUCAUUCCUGAUCCGACGCUUGCUGCUUUUGCUGAGAAGAUACAGGCACUUCUCCAAUCUGAGAACAUAGCAACUCCUGGAAACAACCAUCCUUUCACGCCCCACCUGACCCUCAUAAAGGUGAUUUUGAAGUGCUUACUACUGUUGACACUUCAGUACACUUAUUUUUUAUUAAGGCAGUGAACGUUUGAAUAUCAACGCCGAAAGGAUGGGUUGUCCGUUUAUGCAAGUUAACUUUUAUUCCUCUGCAAAGUUCCUGACCGAGAGCUCCAAGUACACGUAUUUUGAGUUUUCCGAUCAUCAGUUAACCUCAGAUUCAAAAUAUUUCAAGCUUAUAUAUACUACUCACCUUUAAGUUAGCAGUUACUACCUAGCCGCUUUGAUCUUCCCUUAUUUUUCCCUUGAUUUAAUGUCCUUAUGUUUACUGCUUUGCUCUAGAGAAACCCAAAAGCAAAACGAAUAUUUAAGUCAAAUUCGAUUGACUCUGACCUCCUGACAGACUUCCAGGAGACGUACUUCGGUGAUCAAGCCGUUGAUUCACUAGAUAUCUGCGCCAUGCACUCCACCAGGAAAAAAGAUGAAUUCUACGAACUUGUUGGCAGCAUCCGCUUGAAGAACGACUCUUGA